GGCCCGGGGCGGCGGGGAAUCCCGGGCGCCGCCGCGUUAUACCCGAGGGCGCGCCCCGCGGGCGGCAGAGGCGGGUCGGCGGGCAGCGGGAGCGGACCUCAUCACCUCAUAUCAGCUCACCGCUGCACAGGAGUGCACGGCUCGGCACUGCACGGCACUGCGAGACAACAUGCCAGUGUCAAGAAUGCGCAUGAGACCUUGGUUGGAAAUGCAGAUCAAUUCCAAUCAAAUACCAGGACUGAUAUGGAUUAACAAGGAUAAGAUGAUGUUUCAAAUCCCAUGGAAACACGCAGCUAAGCAUGGGUGGGACAUGGAGAAAGACGCCUGCCUGUUCCGGAGCUGGGCCAUUCACACGGGAAGAUAUAAAGUAGGUGAGAAAGACCCUGACCCGAAAACCUGGAAGGCAAACUUCCGCUGCGCGAUGAAUUCACUGCCUGACAUCGAAGAAGUGAAGGAUAAGAGCAUCAACAAAGGCUCCAGUGCUGUCAGGGUUUACAGGAUGCUGCCGCCCCUGACAAAGGAUCAGAAGAAAGAAAGGAAGUCAAGGUCUUCAAGAGAAGCAAGAAACAGGAGCAAGAGAAAGUCGUACGAGGACACAAGGAUGGAGGAGUCAGCAGACAGACUAACCACCACUCCCCUGCCCGAUGACCACAGCAGCUACACCGCUCACGACUACACGGGGCAGGAAGUGGAGGUGGAGAGCACGUCCAUCUCCUUAGACCUCUCGUCGUGCGAGGUGAGCGGCUCCCUGAGCGACUGGAGGGCACCCAUGGAGACCACCAUGGCUGACAGCACCAACGACCUCUACCAGCUCCAGGUGUCUCCCCUGGCUUCAUCCUCAGAAGAUGAAGAGGAAAUGAAUUCGAAGAUUUUUAAGCUGUUCGAGCCGGGCCAGGACUGGCACACAACCAGCGUCGGGGGCAAAGGCUUCCUGACCAACGAGCCGGGCGUGCAGAGCAUGUGCAGCACCUACGGCUACAGGGAGCAGGAUGGGGAGGUCGACACCACGUCAGGAGAGCUGGAGUUCAGGCUCUUUGACCAAAAAGGCCUCGACUUCUGGCUGGAGACAGUGAGACCCAGCAUGCAAGUCAUUCCCUGUGGCUUGUAAAGCCCCCCCCGGCUUCCUCUGACCGUGAACUGCUGGAGUAGAAACUUUAACAAGCCUGAAGAAAAUGGAAUAAACUGUUUGUUACUGGCCGAACAAAGCAAGUAGCUUUUAUAUUCCGUUUUAUCUUUAAGGCCUGAAAAGGUCAGCAAGAAAGAUUCCAUUGUAAUUUUAAAAAGAAAAGGCCUCCCACCUCACUAGCAGGACUCCUGGCCCUGGGGAUGCUCAGCUGCAGUGUGCACCCUGGCAUUGUUUUGGAGGUGAAGCUUUUGCUGGAAGUUGGGGUGCCUGGCGGGUUCCACCAAGCGGCAUCGUGUGCCGGGGGCCUGGGGAGGGGGUUACUGCCCUCCCCACGGGAGAUGUGAUGAGCACUUUACCCAUGGAGUGCUUGGGAGAGACACUUUGGAUGCGUCUCUCACCAGUUAGUUUUGGUUGCUGCUUCCCUGUGCAACACUGCUGAUACCGAGUUUAACUAUCAUUACACUUAGAAGUGCACUAAUUUGCUGUCUCUUCUUUGAUUUACUCCAUCAAAUAGUUCAUUUUUCAACUUUAAACUGUGUAAAUAGUUUAGACCAAUAAAAUGUGAAAAUUCAGUUUUGGCUUUGCUUCCACAUAGUCCAGUUACCCAGGUCCACUCAUAGGACGUUACCUGCUCGUAGACAUACCGUAUCUAUUUCCUCGCCAUAGCUGAAGAGCUGCUGCAUGAAACAAUUUUUGCACAGAUGGGGCAGAGCUCUUUAUUUAUAGCGUGCCUUUCGGAGACCCCUCUCGCACUCUGCCCGAUCCCUACAGUACUGUAUCAGCUGUACCAACCCAGCGUGUGCGGGAGUGGAGAGUGGAAGAGGUUUUAGUUUGUGUGUAACGCAUAGGAACCAAAUCACUAAGUUGCAAUAAGACUAUUUUCUUGUACAUUUAGUUUUUGUAUAUAAAGUGUUGUAUAUUUGUUUUAAUAAAGAUGUUUUGUAUAUGA